AUGGAUCACAUUAUUAAGGGUGAUCAAGAAAGAAUGCUAUAUGAACGGUUGGCGUUAUGGCAAUUCCCAGACAAGUAUGUCCUUGAGGCAAUUGAUGUUGCUUCUAAUUCUUGUUUGUCAAUCAGUCGUUAUGAUGGAUCAAGCAGCUUGAUAGCUAAAUUUCCAAAAUGCAGUACAACAUGCCCUCCAAGUGUUUGCACUAUUUUUGGUGUGAUUGGCAUGCUUAAACUUUUAGUAGGAUCAUAUUUGUUGGUCAUUACAAAGCGUGAAUGUGUUGGAUCUUACUUAGGACAUGCCAUUUACAAGGUCUCAGGCAUGCAGAUUCUUCAAUGCAAUAAUUGUCUGAAUAAUUCCUCUGCUGAGCAGAAAAAAAUAGAAGCUGAGUUUUCUAUUCUUCUAGAUACUGCACAAGGAACGCCAGGCUUAUACUUCUCUUAUGAUGUCCAUUUAACACUCUGCUUUCAGAAGUUAUAUCAGAUGUCAGUUGAGAGAAAAAUCCAACCCCUUUGGCGAGAGGCAAAUCUUAGAUUUGUUUGGAAUAGCUAUAUGUUGGAAGCACUCAUUGAUAAAGAAAAUCUAGAUUCUUACAUGCUACCCAUCAUCCAAGGAAGUUUCCAAACUUUUCAAGCUACUAUAGGUUCACAAAUUAUUAAUGUUACCUUAAUUGCGCGUAGAUGCAUGAUGAGAGCAGGUACUCGGAUGUGGAGAAGAGGAGCUGAUUCACAAGGCAACGUUGCAAAUUUUGUUGAAUCAGAACAGAUUUUGCAAACUAAUGGAUUUAUAGCAUCCUUUGUCCAAGUUUGUGGAUCCAUGCCAUUUUUGUGGGAACAGAUUGUUGACUUGACAUACAAACCUAAAUUUGAGAUUGUUAGGCCCGAUGAUGCGUCUCAAGUGAUGGAAAGACAUUUACUAGAUUUAAAGAGAACAUAUGGUUCAGUUGUAGCGGUUGACAUUGCAAAUAAACAUGGGAGUGAGGGAUGUCUGAGUGAAAUAUUUGCAAAUGUCAUGCAAUCCUUCCCAAAUGAUGUAUUUAGGUACAUACAUUUUGACUUCGACAAAAUUUGUGGCCAUAUACAAUUUGAGCGCCUUUCAAUCCUUUAUAGACAAAUAGAAGAUUUUCUGAAUAAGCAUGGGUACUUCCGAACGAAUGACAAUGGUUUAAAAGUUGCACUUCAGACAGGAAUUGUGAGAACCAAUUGUGUUGACUGCUUAGAUCGAACAAAUGUUACACAAAGCAUGAUUGGCCGAAAAAUGCUGGAAAGCCAACUCAGGAGAAUUGGUCUUUUUGGUCCUGACGACACAAUUAGUGUUUAUCCAGAUCUCGAUGCAAAUUAUAAAAUUUUAUGGGCUAAUCAUGGAGAUGCAAUUAGCAUACAGUAUUCUGGAACUCCUGCAUUGAAAGGAGAUUUUGUGAGAUAUGGAACACGAACAUUUCAAGGAAUUGCAAAUGAUGGAUGGAAUGCUAUUGCUCGUUAUUAUUUGAACAACUUUGCUGAUGGAACAAAACAAGACACAAUAGAUUUGCUCCAAGGGCACUACAUUGUGUCUGCCAAUCAAGAUUUGAAUUCUUCCACUAAAGCAGGAGUCUUAGAGACAAAUGCGUCCUUCCGAUCGACCUUGGCACUGGUGUUGUGUGGGAUCAUUUUUGCAUACCUGUUUCUUCAACAAGCCCAAAACAAUUCUUCAGAUCUAUUUCUUUCACUUAUUUGGGCUGGCUCGAGUCUAGGAAUUGCAGCAUUCCUUCGAGUCAAUGGUCGAGUUUUCACCAACAGGCCCCGGUUCCACAAGAGUCAAAAGGGCACAACUCCAAGCCCUUAG